CUUCUCUUUUUGAGAAUCUUUCCAUUGGUUUUGGGAAACACAUCAACUACAUCUAUUUUUAAAGAACAACCCCUCAGUUUUUGUCUUUUUAACUGCUUCACAUACCUCUUCAGGAGUGCAUGGCUCUUAUAUGUUGUGUGGGCAAAGAAAACCGAGAGAAUAAGCCCUGUAAUCUCACUUCAAUAGUUGGUUGAUACCCAAUUGGAAAAUCAAUGAAAACCUUUUCGGCUCUGUUUGUUUACUCCUUACUCUCCUUCUUAAGAACCUCCACUACACUAGACACCAUCACUCCAAGUCAAUCUAUCAGAGAUGGUGAGACUUUGGUUUCAGCUGAUGGAAGCUUUGAAUUGGGAUUCUUCAGCCCAGGUAGUUCGAAAAGCCGAUAUGUGGGAAUAUGGUUUGGGGUAUCUAAUGACACUGUUGUAUGGGUAGCCAACAGAGAAACCCCACUUGAAAAUCUCGAUGGAGUGUUCAAGGUUACCAACAAGGGAAUUCUUGUCCUUCUUGAUAGCACAAAUACUACUAUUUGGUCAUCCAAUACAUCAAGAACUGCAGGGAAUAGUAUCAACAAUCCAACUGCACGGUUAUUGGAUUCAGGAAAUCUUGUUGUGAAAGAUGGAAACACUGAUAGUCAUUUGUGGCAGAGUUUUGAUUAUCCUAGCGACACAUUACUACCAGAAAUGAAGAUUGGAUGGGAUUUAGUUAGUGGUCUAGAUAGGAAUUUAACAUCUUGGAAGGGCGCAGAAGAUCCUGCUCAAAGUGAAAUUUCAGAAGGGUUAGAUCGUGGAGGGCUCCCACAAUUAGUUGAUAUGGAGGGAGACAAUAUAAAUGUUAGGCCAGGGUCUUGGAAUGGCCUUUAUUUUACUGGGAUGCCAUGGUUAAGACUGAAUCCGUUGUUCAAGUAUGAAUUCGUGAUGAAUGAGAAAGAGGUCUAUUAUCAUUAUAAAGUCCUAAACAAUUCUAUUUUCGUGAGGUAUGUGUUAAACCCAUCAGGCAUUGGGCAAGGGUUUAAAUGGACGGAUCACACCAAAAGUUGGGAGCCAGUAACUACAUCCCAGUCAGAUGAGUGUGCGAAUUAUGCACACUGUGGUGCAUAUGCUAGCUGCAAUAUCAAUAAGUCUCCUGUAUGUGCAUGCUUGAAAGGAUUUAUACCAAAAUCUCCAACAGACUGGAAUUUAGCAGAUUGGUCUGGUGGAUGUGUUCGAGGGACUCCACUAGAUUGCAAUGAUGGAGAUGGGUUCCUCAACUACAAGGGUGUGAAAUUGCCUGACACAUCUUCUUCCUGGUUUGAUAGGAACAUGAGUCUCAAGGAAUGUGAAGAAUUAUGUUUGAAAAACUGCUCAUGCAGAGCAUAUUCAAAUUUAGAUAUUAGGAAUGGAGGAAGUGGUUGCUUGCUUUGGUUUGCUGACUUGGUUGAUUUAGUAGUACUCCAAAUGGAUGGGCAAGACCUCUAUAUUCGUGUGGCCGCUUCAGUACUGGAUCAUAUUGGGAAGAACAGGCACUUUGGCCAAAAAUAUCAAGUAAUAAUCAUAGUCUGUAGUGCAAUACUACUCAUGGUAAUGCUAGUACUGGGGCUGGUCUUUUAUGUAAGGAGGAUGAAACUUAGAAAGGAAGGAUUGGAUAUAAGAUGCCAAAAUGAUUAUAACAAUGAAGAUUGGAAGGAAGAUAUGGAGUUACCAAUAUUUGAUCUACUAACCAUAUCUAAUGCCACUAAUAACUUUGCAAGCAGCAACAAGUUAGGAGAAGGUGGCUUUGGAUCUGUAUACAAGGGUACAUUGCUUGGGGGGCAAGAAAUAGCUGUAAAGAGACUUUCAAAGAAUUCUGGACAAGGAUUCAAUGAGUUCAAAAAUGAAGUUAUAUUAAUUGCCAAACUUCAACACCGCAACCUUGUGAAGCUGCUUGGUUGUUGCAUUCAAGAAAAUGAAAAAUUGUUAAUCUAUGAAUACAUGCACAACAAAAGCUUGGACUCAUUUAUUUUUGACCAAACAAAGAGCAGACUGCUUGAUUGGCGUAUGCGCCACAACAUUAUCAAUGGCAUUGCUAGAGGACUUCUUUACCUUCAUGAAGACUCUAGAUUGAGAAUUAUCCAUAGAGAUCUCAAAGCUAGCAAUAUCCUACUAGAUAAUAACAUGACCCCAAAAAUUUCUGACUUUGGCCUUGCUAAAAUGUUUGGGGGAGAUCAAACGGAGGCUGAUACCAAUAGAAUUGUUGGAACAUAUGGUUAUAUGCCUCCUGAGUAUGCUGGGUAUGGGCAAGUCUCAGUGAAAACCGAUGUUUUUAGCUUUGGAGUUUUAUUACUAGAGAUUGUGUGCGGGAAGAAGAACAGGGAAUUCUAUAACUCUAGCCAGUGCCUCAAUCUUCUGGGACAUGCAUGGAGACUAUGGAUUGAAGAUAGGCCAACGGAACUAAUAGAUGAAUUCUUAAUCUUAGGUGACUCGUGCAUUUUAUUUGAAGUGUUACGAUGCAUUCAUGUGGGUUUGUUAUGUGUGCAACAAAGACCAAAAGAUAGGCCAAACAUGUCAUCCGUGGUUCUAAUGUUAAGCAGUGACAAUUCAUUGCCAAAUCCAAGGGAGCCAGGUUAUUAUACAGAAAAGGCUCUAGUUGGAAAAGAUCAUUCAUCAAGAAAGCUUGAGAAUCCUUCAAGUUCAACAAAUGAAAUCACCUUUACAAUGUUAGAAGCGAGGUAGAGUAUCAUCACUUGAGACUCGACAGCAAAAAGGAGUGACUGGAAAAGAAAGUUGCAAGGUGCUGCUGAGUACAUGUAUGGAAAAAUUCACCCAACUGGGCUUUGGGCCUGUUGGAUGUUACUUUCUUGUUUCCAAGCAACUCUGCAAGAGGCCAUAUUUGGGCUUUUCUCUUCUCUCAUAACAUUUCGGGGAUUCUUCUGCCAUUUUCUCACUCGUGCACUUCUUCAUAGGGGAUUCUUGGGCCCUGUUUCUUACCAGGCUUUGGGCUUUGGACCAACUUUAAAAAAUGGUAUCAACAAAAAGUAUACCUUACAUGUAGCCUCUCUCUCUCUCUCUCUCUCGUACCAAACGGGUCUAAUGGUAGAAUUUUCCCUUUGUUUGGGUUUCUUUGUUCUA